CAGCGGCGGCGGCGGCGGCACCGGCGGCACUACGGCGGCGCACCAGGUGUGGUACUACAGAGAUGGGAGCGGACCACGAAAAAGGCGCGGACAGCGGGCCGCCAAUCCCCAUGGAGAACUUCUCCUCGACGGCCCAGUUGACGGAGGACACCGUUUCCAAGCAGCAUGAGAGCGCUCCAGAAUACGACCCCUUCUCUGAGAGGAGCAUACAGCACCCCAACUCGGACCUGGGGGCGCUGAUGCACCUGCUCAAGUGCAGCCUGGGUUCCGGGAUCCUGGCGAUGCCGAUGGCCUUCAAGAACGCGGGAACCGCCGUCGGCUUCAUCGGCACGGUGCUCAUCGGCACGCUCUGCGGCCAUUGCGUCCACAUGCUGGUGCGGUCGUCCCACAUCGUGUGCCGAAGGGCUCGUGUGCCCGUGCUGGGCUUCGCGGAGACGGCAGAAUACGCCUUCCUGUAUGGGCCGGGUCGUCUGAAAGUGUGGGCGCCCUUCUCCAAGACGUUCGUCAACUUGGCGCUGGUUAUCACCUACUACAGCGCAUGCUGCGUCUACGUCAUCUUCGUUUCUACCAGUAUUAAGCAGGUGUGCGACGUGCUGUUCCCGUGGGCUAUCCUGGACGUGCGCAUCUACAUUGCCAUGACGCUGCUGCCGCUCGUGCCCAGCUGCCUGGUGCGCAACCUCAAGUUCCUGGUGCCCUUCUCGACGGCCGCCAACCUGUUCAUCGUGGUUGGCUUCGGCUGCACGCUCUACUACAUGUUCCGCGACAUGCAGGAUCCCGGGCAGCUGCCGCUGAACGAAGACAUCGGCCGUUUCCCACUCUUCUUCAGUACAGUCGUCUUCGCCAUGGAAGGAAUAGGAGUGGUGAUGCCGGUGGAGAACACGAUGAAACACCCACAGCACUUCCUGGGCUGCCGAGGCGUUCUCACCAUCGCCAUGACCAUCGUCAUCUUGCUGUACGCCUUCAUCGGCUUCUUCGGCUACCUCGCCUACGGUGAAGGUACCUUAGGCAGCGUCACCCUCAACCUCCCCCAAGAACCACUGGGCCAGGCGGUGAAGAUCCUGAUCGGGCUGGCCAUCAUGUUCACGUACCCGCUGCAGUUCCACGUGGCCACGGAGAUCGUGCUGAAGAUGGUGGGCGACCGCGUGUCGCAGAAGCGCUGGAACUGCUUCGAGUACACUCUGCGCGUCUGUGUCGUCCUGCUCACAGUGGGCGUGGCGGCGGCGGUACCGGAGCUGGGGCCCGUGGUGUCGCUGGUGGGGGCUGUGUGCUUCUCCACGCUGGGCCUGCUGUGUCCAGCGGCCAUCGAGAUGGCCACCUGCUGGCCCAGCCGCUGGCUGCUCGUCAAGGACUCGCUCAUCAUCAUCCUCUCGCUCGCCGCCCUCGUCUCCGGGUCCUACACCAGCAUCCUCGAGAUCAUCGAGGCGUUCGGUUCGUAGCACUAACCACUCUGCUCCACCGUGUCGGUGGGCUGUGGCGAGGGCUGCCCACUGAUUGAAACGGCGAUCCAGGGACCUCCUGGUCUUCUCGUAGCCACUGUGUGGUCACUGCCAAACGUCCCUCGUGCACACAGCGAGACGAGCAAUUCAGCCGUCGUCAUGAUAUCUGCAGUUCCUUAUAAGACCACUGUAUUGCUUCUUUGUAAUAGAAACAUGUGAAAGAGAGCCCUGGAAAAUUAAUGACGUCUAGGAAAUCCACUCAUGUAUGUAGAUACCAUGUGGCCAGUGGAAUGAUGAGAGAGCCUUUUAUGCGAAACUAUUACGAAGCUCGGUGUCGGCAUCUCGCAGAACUAAUAGACCCUCCCUUGUACUGCUUUUGGCUGUACUGUGUAAAGUGAUACAAUCUAGAGACAGCUGUGUGACAACUUUGUGCCUUGUUCCACCCCAACAGCAUAUAUAAUAUUUUGUACAAUUUGAGGUAAGCUGUAUGUAGAAAUUUCCCAUAUAUUCGUAAUGUGGCAUGAGCUUAGAUUUUUUUCCUUAUAUGCUUAGCACAAAAAGAAAAACACGCACAUUACAGAGUGGAAAACACACUGGUGAAGUAUAAGUAAAUAGAAAUAGACACAUUGUCAGAGAGAGAGAGAGAGAGAGAGAGAGAGAGAGAGAGAGGGAGGGAGAGAGGGAGAGACAGAUAUAUAAACAGAGACAGGUGGAGAGAGAAGAGGCCAGACGGAUAAGAGAUUCAUUUCCGAAAGCUCAUCUUGUGUCUUGAACAAUUUACAGUUUCAAACGAACUCUUUCUAGAUCGGAAUCCUGCAAAAUGAGAACGCAGUUUCAGUUUCUUGCCCAUGUGCGUACUAUACGAUUUUUUUGGGGUACUGUUUGCUUUUUUAGUUUUACAACUAUAAAGAAUCAGAAGAAAGAAAAUAUUGUAAGAGAAACGAUCAUGUAGGAACCAGUUUAUUAUAAAUAUCUUUGUACAGCAGUGCAGUGAAUAUUUCCACUGAUGGCUAAAACAUUCUGAGAAGCAAGAUUUUCCCAAUAGGUAGGCAAUAAACAGCUCCUGACCAUGUGUAGAAGUAUUCCACAUAUUAUGUUCCGACCAUUACGACGUAUUUUCUUUGAAAGUAGUUUUUCUCUGAUGGGAUUGUCUUGGUAUAAGGUUUCAACUUUUUUCUUGAAAUAAUUAUAAACUGAACAACACAUCACACUCCUCAUAGAAAUAAAAUAUCCAUGAAUAUGGCUUUAAAACUCAGAUAUUAUUAUUAUAUUUUUUAGUUAUUUUUAAAGCUUUUGCUUGAAAUAUUUCGUGAAGAUUGUUAUGUAUUUAUUAUUGGCCAUUCUUUACCAGAACUACUCCUAUAGAUUUAUGUCCCAAAGAUGUU